GGGGGGAAAUCAUGAGUGGGGUGAUCUAAUGCAUGGGACAAGAAUCAAGGAGGGGUGGGUGGUUUCACUGUCCAACUUACCGGGUACGACUCGAUGCCUGGAUUCAACCGGAGGCCAAAGAACCAACCACAAGGUGAACCCAAUGAAGACGUGUCCAGCUUGGUUUGCAAAGAAGUUGUGAAAAGUUUCCAAAAGUCAAAUGAGUAGGAGGACAACAGGACGAAUCGGACCUGGAGAAGCAGGGCUGUUACCUCCAGCAAAGUGAAGAGAGAAGCUGUCGAUGCAACAUGAUCCAGACAGUCUUAUCCUAAAAAUACUGCUGAGGAGCGUGGUCGCUGGCUCCGUCUGCUUCAUUACCUGGUGAUCGACUAGUUCAUUUUCUCUUCAAACUGAGGUCAGAAAACAUGUUUUAGAAAUUUAGAUAUGUUUUUAAAAGAGUUUAGAUUAAAUUAAAGUGUUAUCUUCUGGUGAUUUGUAUUUAAGAUCCAUCCAUAGUGUCUUUAAACUUGUGUUGUAGUCAUAAAGUCACAGAUUCCCUUAGAGAAACCAUCAAGUUGGAUCAAUCAUGAGAAAAGCUGAUGCACCAAAGACCUUUAAAAAGGGGGCAGAUGAAGCAGCGGCCCCCCCAAGUCCUGUCAUCCCCACAAAACGGUCUAAAGCGAGUCUGGAGCAGGUAGUGCCCGAUCCCCGGGGCCCCGGUUGUCUCAAUCCAGCUCCACCUGUCUUUGUUCGCAAAAUGAGGAACGCUGCCGUGGGAACAGGUUGCGACAUCCGUCUGAAGGUGGCUGUGGCCGGAGACCCCCAACCCUCCUUGUACUGGUACCACAACGAUGAGCUCCUCAACAUGGAGAACCAGGAGUACGGAGGGCUUUGGAUUAGGGACUGUAAACCCACCGAUGCUGGUCUCUACACCUGCAUCGCCAAUAACCACCUGGGAGAGGCCCGGACCAGUGCUGUGCUGGCUGUCCUGGACCUGGGUGAAGAUUCAGAAACCACAGAGGAUGAAGGUGGAGACCAAUUUGAGACCAAAGAAGUGUGUGGGGAUGUUGAGGACCAGGCUGUCCCCAGUGUGAUGGACAAAUGUAAAGAGGAUACAAACAGAACACGUGGACAUGAAGAUCCCUCCAACAGAGGCCAGUCAGAAGAAUUUUCAAGAGAAUCUCCCCCACAAGCUCUUCCACCACCAUCCCCAAGACUGGUCAAACGUACCUCCACUUCUCCGAUGCCGAGCCGCUCUGGUUCAACCACUCCUAUCAGCCUGCGUAAGAAAGCCGCCGUGCCAACUGAAUACCAGGACACCGUUCCUGGAGAGUUUGAAGAAAAAAUCAAGCAGCCUAGAAGUUUGUCUCAAGGAGGCGCUCCAGACUCCCGUCCACAGACUCCAGUGAGUGAGUGCUCCCGGAAAGAGUUUACCCUGAGACCUUCUCCAAAGCUUACAAGAGCAAGCUCAAAAGUUUUCGAGAAGGUUCGUGACUUAGAAGAGCGCAGGCGAGGUCUUGAUAUUCCAGAAGGUUCCAUCUCAGGUAGAUCCUGGGCAGGGUUUAAUCGCGCAGGAUCUGUAGAUUCAGACGAUGGUGGAAGCCGGCUGGGCAUCUCCAGAGAAAGUUCAAGGGAAGAUCUUAGAGAGGCCCUGAAAGAAGAUGCAGCUGAACGGAGAUCCAUGUUCAAACAGAGGGCCGCUUCGCUGGAGGAGAAACCUCGUUACUCUCAGAAAGUUCAGGACAUUGAAAAUAAGUUCACAGAGGAGCUGCAGCGCAUCAAAAAACUCGUUGGGAAGCCCCAUCUGAAAAAGUCCUUUUCAACGGAACAACUUACGCUGAAAGGGAAGCAGCGCCAGCCUUUUCGAAAAAUCGAACCGAUUCCUCCGCAAGUCCUGCAAAAGUUGCAAGAAAGGGAACGCGUGCAGUGGGCAAAGGAACAGAGAGAGAGGGAACUCAGUCAGCAACCAAUGCAGCAACAAGAACUGCAUCAAUCCCAGUUCCAAAGGUCAACAAACACUGGCUCAACCACCGUGACAAGUAGAUUCAGGGAGAUUACGGGCCCCCCAGAGUCAGUGCAGCUAUCUGACCUGCCAGGACAACGAUCAGUGAGAGAACUGAACAGAGUCAGUCCAGUAACUGAAAUAAUUCAGCGAUCAUCAUCACCAGCAUUACAUCAACAACAAAGGGAAGAGUUGACAAAUGUCGCAAUGACAUUACGAAAGGUUGAACGAAGACCACCUAGUCCACUUGUUCAAAGGGUAUCUCGAAUGCAAGAAUCCCCACACAUCCAAGAAACCCUCGUGCAAACAAUCCCAAAAAACGAGGCGUCGGGAAGAAAGACGCCAAUAGAAGUAGCUGUAAGAAAAAUUGAAAACAGACCUGAAAGUCCUUUGGUGCAGAAAAGGACAGCUGUGAUGCAAGAUCUUUCUCUUCAGCCUCCUCUGAAACCCCCGAGAGGUUCAAAAGAGGAGAAAAUGGAAGUGGAGCUAUCCAAACCAGCCUCGAAGGUAAAAGUUCCUACCAUUAUUGUUGAAGAUGAGAAAAUGGUAGAGGAUGUUCCUACAAAGACAAGCGAGCCCCAACAGAAGAGUUCUGGUUCCAAAGAACGCAAACAGCUGAAGGUUAAAGGAAAGCAUUGCCGCCCUCGACCUCUGUCUCCAGAGUUAGAUUCCUCAGAUGAUUCUUAUGUGUCUGCCGAAGAAGACCCGAUGGAGGCUCCAGUGUUUGAGUGUCCCCUCCAGGACACCGUAGCAUCUGCUGGUGCAGAUGUGCUACUAAAAACUAUAAUUGCUGGGACUCCUAUCCCUGAUGUUACUUGGACAAAGGACAACACUGACGUUUCAAGGAUUGCACAUUGUACGGUGAAGGUGGAGGGUGAGCGCCAUAGUCUGCUGAUAAAAUCAGCGAAACCAAGCGACGCUGGAAAGUAUUGCGUAACUGCAGUUAAUCAGGUGGGCAGAGCCUCCAGCUGUGCCGCUCUAACGAUCAAAGCAGAGUCUAUGCAGGAGGCUAAAGGAAGCCUGGGAGUGCCCAUGGAGAUCAGCAGCCCUAUUACAUCUGAUGAAGAGUAUCUAAGUCCUUUGGAGGAGGCUAUGGAUUUUGGAGUCCAAGAGUCAAGGCGAACUACUGAGUCACGAUUUAGAGAACCCCCCGCAUUUCUGGUAACAAUGACAGAUCAAGCUGUGAUUGAAGGACAGGAAGUCACCAUGUCUGUGCGAAUAAGCGGACAACCCAAACCCAUGCUUUACUGGCUGAGGGACAGGGUCACAGUUAAAACCGGUCCACGUCACAUUGUUCRUGAGAYGACGGGCGGGACAUUUGAGAUGACSAUCAAGUCAGCCAUGAGAUCAGACUCUGGAAUUUACACCUGCAGGAUCAUUAACGAAUACGGGACAAAGCAGUGUGAAGGAAGACUGGAGGUGAAAGCCCCUCCGGUUGAGCCUGGUCUGGCCAUCAUCCGUCCAGUGAGGGACAUCACAGCGAAGGCCGGUGAGACCGUUCUGUUUGAGUGUCACGUGAUUGGACCUAAGGACACGGAUGUGGACUGGCUUGCAGAUGGGAAACUAAUCCAGCCGGCGCUGCUCAACUGUAAAAUGCACUUUGAUGGAAGAAAAUGCAAGCUGCUGCUCAACUCAGUUCAUGAGGACGACAGCGGGACAUACAUGUGCAAACUCAGUACUGCUAAAGAGGAAYUGACAUCAUGCGGUAAACUCAAAGUCAUUCCCUCCUUUGAGCCUCUCUUCACACGUAACUUGGAUGUCCUGGAAGUGAUCGAGGGUCGCAACGCUCGAUUUGACUGCAAAGUCAGUGGAACGCCUCCUCCCAAGGUCAUCUGGAGUCACUUUGACCAGCUGCUUGUGGAAAGUGAAGACAUCCAUAUCCUGCAAGAAGGUGGUCGCCAUUCUUUGAUUAUUUCCCAUGUGACCACCGAUGAUGAGGGUUUCUACACGGUCAGAGCUCGUAACAGCCACGGUGAGGCGGAGAGCUCUGCCGAACUUUACAUACAAGAACCUCGGCCAGCCAUCUCCUCUCAGAUGGCUAAACUGGAGAAGAUGCCGUCCAUCCCAGAGGAGCCAGAGGUCCCAGAGAAUGAGGUGGAGCGAUUCACAAUGCCUGACUUCAUCAAGCCCCUUUAUGACCUGGAUGUGAUUGAGGGAAAGGAGGCUGCACUUAAAUGCAAAGUGGCUGGCUUGCCYUACCCAACAAUCAUCUGGUUCCAUAACGGCAAAAGGAUUGAAAGCACAGAGGACAGAAAAAUGACACAGUUCCGUGAUGUCCACAGCCUGGUUAUCCGCUCAGUGUGCCAUGCUCAUGCUGGAGUCUACAAGAGCGUCAUCUCUAACAAAGUAGGAAAAGCCACCUGCUACGCACAUCUCUAUGUAACAGACAUCCUCCCUGAUCCUCCUGAUGGCACUCCAGUCAUCGAGUCCAUCACUGGUAAAACCAUCAUUCUGAGCUGGAAGAAACCAAGAAGAUUAGACCCUUCAAUUGACCCCAGUUCCCUGAUGUAUGCCAUCCAACAGCAAGCCCUUGGCUCCAUCCAGUGGAUUAUUAUAGCCUCUGGCUUGAAAGAGACCACCUUCACCAUUACAACCCUCUCCAAGGGAGUGCGCUAUGCCUUCAGGGUCCUGACCAUCACCUCCAAGGCCUUCAGCAAGCCCUCACCUGCCACAGAUCCAGUGCAGCUUCUGGACCGAGGCCCUUACCUUCAGGAGGCGCCAGUGAUUAUAGAUAAACCAGAUAUUGUGUAUGUGAUUGAAAACCAGUCAGUCAUUAUCUCUGUCACCCUCAAUCAUGUCAGUGCUGCUAUCACUUGGAAGAGGAAAGGAGUGACCUUGGYCAAUAAACCAGGCCUGUAUGAAAUGACAAUGCCAGAUGACAACCAGCACACACUGAAGCUGCUGAAAGUGAGGAGUUCUGAYGUCGGUGAGAUGACCUUUUUGGCCACCAACAAAUAUGGAAGCGAUAGCUGCACCUUCACUGUGGAGGUGGCAGCUCCACCGACAUUUGAGACGAUCAUGGAAGACUUGGAUGUUUGUGCAGGGGAGACCCCUCGCUUUGCUGUCGUUGUUGAUGGCAAACCCAUUCCUGACAUCCUUUGGUUCAAGGGCGAUGUCCUGCUGUCAGAGAGCAGUCACUACACGUUUGUGUACGAUGAUAAUGAAUGUUCCUUGGUGGUUCUGAAUGCUCAUCCAGAGGACUCGGGUGUCUAUACCUGUACUGCUCGGAACUUAGCAGGAUCUGUGUCCUGCAAAGCUGAGCUUACUGUUCACAAAGCCAAAAGCAAAGAGGAGCCAGUGGAUGAUGAGCGAGCUAUUCUGAGGAAAAUGCGCAGAAUGACUGACUACUAUGACAUCUGCAAGGAGAUUGGAAGAGGUGCAUUUUCCUAUGUGAAACGUGUGACACAGAAGACGAACAAAAUGGACUACGCUGCCAAAUUCAUCUCUACUCGGGCCAAGAAGAAGGAAUCUGCUCUGAGGGAGAUGAACCUGCUGUCCAAGCUGGACCACGAGAGGAUCCUCUACUUUCAUGACGCCUUUGAGAAGAAGAAYUCGGUCAUCAUCGUCACAGAAAUAUGCCACGAGGAGCUGCUGGACAGAUUUACAAGAAAAUCUACAAUAAUGGAGUCUGACGUACGUUCAUGUAUAAGGCAGCUACUGGAGGGUGUGGACUACCUUCAUCGUUUGAACAUCAUACACUUGGACAUAAAGGCUGAUAACAUCCUCAUGGCAGAUCUCCAAAGUGAUCAAAUCAGAAUAUGUGACUUUGGCAACGCAGUGGAAAUCACGCCUGAUGAGGCUCAGUACUGCAAAUACGGCACACCAGAGUUUGUUGCACCAGAAAUCGUCAAUCAGACUCCUGUUUCAAAAGCUACAGACAUAUGGUCUGUAGGAGUUUUAGCAUACCUAUGUCUGACAGGAAUUUCUCCAUUCGCUGGGGAAAAUGACCGGAGCUCGGUGCUGAACAUCAGGAACUAUAAUGUGGCUUUUGAGGAGAGCAUGUUCGCUGACCUUUGUCGAGAGGCGACAGGGUUCAUCAUAAAGCUGCUGGUAGCAGACAGGCUGAGACCUGAUACUCAAGAAUGUCUCAGACACCCUUGGUUUAAGGUACUUAGCAAAGGGAAAGCUAUAAAUACAGAGGCCCUAAAGAAGUUUGUAUCUCGCAGAAAAUGGCAGCGUUCCAUAAUCAACUAUAAAUCAAAAAUGUUUAUGAGAUCCAUACCAGAAUUGCUGAAUGAUUCCUCGAGCCAUACCUCCAUCGCAAUUCCAAAGCACAUGAAAGAUGGCUUGCCUUUGCCAUCGUCGUCCUCAGAUUCUGAUGAAGACAUUGAUGAACUGCCUUUCAUCCCUAUGCCACCUAACAUGGAUUUCUCUGGGUCAAGGAUGUCACUGACUGACAUUCAGACCAGUGAACAGCCAACAGGAAAGCAAAUUGAAAAAAAUAAAUGGUCUGUAUUACCCUCCCAAGCCCAGGAGGCAAUGGAGUGUGAUCCUAAAGCACUGGAAAAAGAAACAACUGAAAUAGUGGGCAACAGCCGUCUUCAGAGAAGGUCAUCAGAAGACAAUGACAAGGGCUUUUCUGAAGAAUCACCUGCUGAAUUGCCCCAAAAAUCAGAGCUGUCCAGAAAGCCACUUAAAAGAGGAUCGAGCAUGGAGUCUGACAGAACAGAAGGAGGGCGCAGAAGAGGAGAACUAAGACGUGGUGGUUCAGCUGACAGUGCCCUGCUGCUCCGAAUCACACCCGAGGAAGGAGUUGGAGAAGAAAAUGAGGAUGGCCAAAGAGUUCUGAAGAAAGCUGUAUCUAUGGAAUUACCAAGAAGAAGCACCAGCCCAGGAACUGCUAAGAUGAGUCAAGAAGACUAUGCUCUCAAACUGGAACUCAUGAGACAGCGACUGCUUCGUGGUGGUUCUGUAGACAACAAGAUGAGUGGAUUGAGAGGACCUCUUUUAGAAACUUUAGGAAUGGGAGAUGAAAAACGAAUAUCAUCAGAUCGCUUCUCUCGCACUGCUCGCCUGGGCCCACCGCCGCUCACUAGAGCUGCCUCUAGUGAUUUCCCAAGAGAUGAAGUGCCUAAACCAAAAAUUUUACGGAAAAGUACUUCUUUCAGUCAAGGGGAUUCAGAACCAAUUGCUUUACAUCGUCGGUUAGGGGCUCCUCUGGAGAUUCCUGUAGCAAAGAUAGAAGAACGAAGGCUAAAGGAGGCUAUAUCUAUGUCAGCUCUAACAGAGCCAACCCUAGAUUCCUGUCCAGAGACACCCAGAGAACCUUCUCCAAAACCUCCAACUCCAGAGUCUGUUGUUCAAGAAAGUCCGGCCAAAACAGAGAGUCAAGACUCACUAAUGGAGAAAGACAUAAAACCUGAAGAGACUACUUCUGAAAAGAUGGAAGGGCUGACGGCAGAUAGCAAUUUUGAUGAAAGAUCAAGCACAAGUGGAUUUUCAGAGAGGGACAUGAGUAUUUCAGAAGAACCAAUAACUGAGUCAGAUAAUGUGGGCCAGAGAAUUCCUACUCCACCUCAUAUCGCCCAGACCUUCAAAGAAGAARAGAAAAUGGAAGUGGAUCAAGAAAGAGAAAAAGUGCAGGAAGAAAAAAGGCAAUCUGUAAAAGAAGAAAGAGUUGACCAUGAUGUUGAGUCAAACAUUAAAGAAACUUCCGAAGAUGUAAAGUAUGUCACGCAUGAAGAAGAAAAAACAAGUAGCCCCCUAAAGUCUUCUGAAAUGACCAUAACCACAAGCUCAUUUAUGGUGAGACCAACACAAGAACCUAUCCAACCCUCCAGUAAUAUUGCUUCAACAUAUAUUACACCCUCAGUUCCUCCACAAGUUCUUCCAGAUGGGAGGAAGUCUGCAUAUGCCAGUAUAAUGCAGACCAUAAUGGUUCCAUCACUGCAGCCUCUAAAUGAGCCACCUCUUGGGCCCUCCUCGCCUAUCAUUGUCCCAGGCACAGCUGAAGCACCUGCACCAUCUAAUUUACCUAGCUCAUUAAAGCCCAUCAUCGUAUCAACCACUGAACACCCUGCAGUUUACUCACGGGUAGCAUCACCAGAAAUGGUCACCAAAGAAUCCAGUCCACCAAAAACAUUUACACAGCCUUCAUCCCAGCAGGAGGUCUCAGCUGAACCAGAGUUAGAAGACAUGACAUCUGAAGAAGUAUUUCAGGCCCGAUUCAAAAAGCGUGAAUCUUCCCUCACAAGAAGUCUAAAAUUUCUGUCACGAUCAAAAAAUGAUGACAGAUCCCAGGCUGCCUCUUUAGGCUCUACAGAGAAACUAGAGGAAAUAUACAGACCUGGACCGAUUGGUGCACCACUGGAAGUUGCAUCAAGGAGACUUGAAGAAAAGUCCAAGUCAGUCCAGGACCUUCGUGAAGCUGAAAAGGAUCAAGGUUUUAUGAGAAGGCUGUCCUUGCGUUUGAAGAGAACGCCAUCAACAGAGCGCAAGGAUGAAGUAUCUAAAGAAGACAAUUCAGCUGGUUCAAGACGUAGGCUCUCCUGGACUCUUGGCAGAAGAGGUUCUCAGGAAAAGAAAGACACAGAGAUAAUGCGAAUGGAUGGAGAAGGUGAUAGAUCGAUGGAAUCUGAAGAAAAGGAGCCGAAGAAACCCAGUGAAUCCCCAGUGUUGGCAAUGAGGAGGAAGAUUGAAUCAACAGUGGCUGGGAUAUCUACAAGAAUCCGAAGUUACUCAGAGGAAAGGAAAACGGCAGAGGAGAAGGAAUCAAAAAGAACACCCAUUCUGUCGAUGCUUCGUCGUUCAGCAUCAGAGAUCAGAGCUCCAAGAGCUUCCAUUGUUCCUCAGAACCAGCUGGCAUCUCAAGCUAGUAAUGGGGCCUCAUCAGAGUCUCUAGAUUCUGUGUCAAGCCUAAAAUCAGAAACAUCGAAAGGAGUGGAGGUUGAACGUAGAUCCCGCUGGGAUCGAUGGGGCUUGACAAGAGGGAGAAGAGAUAAAACAGUAUCACAGCCUGAUAUACCAACAGCAAUUUCCAGAGACAGCAGUUCGUCAUGUUCACGCCAGUACAGCAAACUGGUUUCUGACUUUCCUCCAGUAUUUCACAUCAAGUUAAGGGAUCAUGUUCUUCUGGAGGGCGAUCCAGUCACACUCAGCUGUUUGCCCGCAGGAAGCCCCCACCCACAUGUCACCUGGUUGAAAGACAAGAAACCCCUGGAGAUUGAUGCCAGGAUGAAUAUGAUUUCCUGCCCUGAUGGCCGGCAGCUGCUGAUGAUCAUGCACACCACAAAAAAAGAUGCAGGGAUUUAUGAAUGUGUAGCUACAAACCCCUUGGCCUCCGUGUCCAGCUCUUGCACUAUAUCGCUCGCUCGUCUGCCCAAUCGUCCUGGUACGCCAGAAAUCCCUCAAAAGUAUAACAACACAGCUUUGGUGCUGUGGAGGCCCUCAGACACAAUGGCCCCAUGUACAUACUCUCUGGAGAGAAAGACAGAAGGUGAAAACAACUGGCUAAUUGUGGCAACAGGAGUGGCAGACUGUUAUUACAAUGUGACUGACCUGCCAGCAGGGGGCGCUUUCAGGUUUAGGGUGGCAUGUGUCAACAAAGCUGGUCAGGGUCCUUACAGCAACCUGUCAGAGGUUGUGAGAUUGGAAUCUACAGAACCAGUUAAAGCCAGUGCCGGGGUGGUGGUCAAGACUGUUCCUGCUACUGGUCCUCCUCCCCCUGUUGUAUUGAUGUCAUCCAUGAAAGUGCCUCCCAUUAAACCAGCUGCUAGUAAAACAGCAACAACUAUCCAACCUGCCCCUCCAUCAGCUUCGGCUCCUCUCUCCUCUGUAAAGUCUGUCUCCCCAGUAAACAUUAAGCCAGUCAGCGCCAGUCAAUCUGCGGUAACAGUGCCAGCAAGCCCGACUUCUGCUGAACAAGCUCCCGUUCAGACCRUCACCACUGCCCCAGUCACAACAUCAAAAGCCAAGACCACGAUUAGCAUCAGUGUGAGUAAACCUCAGGUGAAGCUGACUCCUCCGCCCGUUGUUCCACCCAAACCUCACAGUCCAGCACUCACUUCCAACGAACCCCUUUCCCCCAYUCCAACAUCCGCUCCUACCAUCGGGAAACCUAUUUCAUCUGUGCCGAUGUAUGUCCCAAAUGUGUCAGCUCGUGCAACGACGCCUUCUCAAUCUGCUCCGCCCCCAACAACCACAGUCUCCCCAGUCACACCUGYGACCCUUUCCCCCCCUGUUGUUGUGGUGCAGAGCUUGACACCAGUUUUACAGGGAGGGGACAGCCGGAGCACACCGUCUGGACGGGUCACCCCAACUGGACGUAUAACGCCUUCAGGACGCAGGACACCACUGGGCAAGCCUGGGGAGGGAUCCCUGCGCCAGGGGGUUCCACAGAAACCCUAUACUUUUAUGGAUGAGAAAGCCAGAGGUCGGUUUGGUGUGAUCCGUGAGUGCCGUGAGAAUGCCACAGGUAAUCUCUUUAUGGCUAAGAUUGUGCCGUAUGAGGCAGACAGCAAGCAAGCAGUGCUUCAGGAGUACGACAUCCUCAAGUCCCUUCAUCACGACAGAAUCAUGGCUCUGCAUGAGGCCUACGUCACGCCACGCUACCUAGUGCUCAUCUCUGAAUACUGCAGUGGGAAGGAGCUGCUCCACAGCCUGAUUGAGAGGUUCCGUUACUCAGAGGAYGAUGUGGUGGCUUAUAUUGUUCAGAUCCUUCAGGGUCUGGACUACCUCCAUGCUCGGCGCAUCCUGCAUCUGGAUAUCAAGCCAGAAAAUAUCAUUGUAACUCACAUGAACCUUAUCAAGAUUAUAGACUUUGGAAGUGCUCAGACAUUCAACCCCCUCUUCCUCAAGCAAUUCAGCCCUCCGAUUGGAACACUAGAGUACAUGUCUCCAGAGAUGUUGAAAGGGGAUGUUGUUGGUCCWCCAGCUGACAUCUGGAGUGUGGGUGUGCUGACUUUCAUCAUGUUGAGCGGCAGGUCGCCUUUUAUGGAAAAUGAUCCUCAGGAGACUGAAGCCAGGAUCUUGGCAACAAAGUUCGACCUCUCUAAACUCUAUCAGAAUGUGUCCCAAAGUGCCUCGCUCUUCCUGAAAAAGAUCCUCUGUAGCUACCCUUGGACCCGCCCGUCCAUCAAAGAUUGCUUCAGCCACACCUGGUUACAGGAUGCGUACCUGAUGCGCCUUCGUCGGCAGACUCUCACCUUUACAACAACCCGUCUCAAGGAAUUCUUGUCCGACCAGCAGCGCAGGCGAGAGGAGGUGGCCACCAAGCACAAAGUCCUCCUUCGGUCCUAUCAGAGCUCGCCACAGACUCCCACCAGUCCCACUACGCCAACUGUGCCAAUGUCACCCUCCACACCUGUCACCCAGUGAAAACAGGCUUCCAGACAUCAGUUGGCAGGACUUCUCGGGUGAGGCAGGGAACAUCCCCAGAGCAAGACAAGACUUUGGACCAGAAGCUUGUUCAUUUAAAAAAACUUUACUCACAAAAACCAGCAGCAAUUGUGAUCAACAGGAGCAUCGAUCCUGUCCUCUGGUUCCAAACGAAACCUAAAGAAUCGUUUUCAGACAAAAAUGAACUUUCAAAGAGCUGACUGUAUUUUAUAGUAUGAACUUUCUUCAUACAUGGGRGAAUCCUGUCCUCAAGUUAAUACCUCAAGGUUUGCAACUCUGUCUCUAUUUUAGAUUUUUUUGUUUAUCACCUUUUUUUCUGAUGAGACAACAAAAGCAACCAGCUAUAACAAGUCUAAAGUGGAUUUCUUUGAGUGUUAAUGUAAAUAACAUCAGGUGAGGUAGAAAAUACUGAGUGACUGAGUUAAACUGAAUCCAAAACAAUGUCCACUACCAAAUUUAAAGUACAAAUUUCAUGCUUGUGACAUUAAAAUAACUUUAUCUAACCUGGUCUAUCUAUAUCAGUCAGUUAUGACUAAUUCUGCUCCCCAGCAACCUGAAAUGUUUGAUAUUGUUCAGAUAGUUGUCCUCAGUGCUACAUGUGCUCUUAAAUAGCUGUAGCAGCUCAGUGAUUGUCCAGACUGUAGCAGUUCAAGAAAGGAUUUCUAUUUUCCUCUUGAUUUAUUUUAAAUAUAUAUAUAUAUAUAAACUAAGUUUACAAGAUUCAUAAGUGGCUUUUUUACAAGGGCUAUUAGAAAAGAAUGAUGUAGGCAUCCCUUUAUUCCAAUGACUGUCUAAAUCUUCAGAGUACAGAAAUUGUUGUUUUUAGAUUUGCGAUUAGAUCCCCAUCUUUGAGCUUCCAUUAAAAACUCUUUCCUCCAACAGUGAGGAUGACAGCACAAACAUUUCCCUGCAGGGCUCACACAGACUGGAAGAAAAGCUAGUUUCUAAGCUAAGCUUCUUCAUCCAAACCAGUGCCACACAUACAUUUACAGUCUUUCAGAGAAGGAGCUUCACAUGUUUUUAAUAUCAAUACCAAACAUGCAUGCAGAAGAUUCUUAUUAAAUUGUUUAGUUUUUAAGGCAAUUAGUGAAUCGCUUUUCAAACUCACUGGAGAAGCUGGGGGUGCCACUAAGUGCCCUUAAUGAGCAGCAGUCAGCAAAAAAACGAUGAAAAGACACAGAGUUUUUAUUUUAGUCAUCAUUUUCAACCUAAAAAGCUACUGCUUUCAAAAUGGAAGUUGCUUUCAUAAUUAUUAUUUUUAUUUUUUUAUUUAUUUUUUGCUAAGAUGCAGUUUUCAAACAGGCAAACUGUAAUGUUCCAUUUUAACAAAACAUUUAUUCUCCUAAUUAAAUACUUUAUGACUGCAUGUUAAGUUAAAUCAUUAACAUAGGGAGAUUGCAACAUUUCCUUCUUUUAAAUGGUCUCGACAGAAGAAUUAAUAAGUUGCAUAAAUAGAUAAAAUAAUGAAUCAUGUCUUUGCCAGAUCAAAAGAAAAUGAUCCUCAGUAAAUACACAAGAUCACCUAAAUCUUUUCUGUCAUAUUUCAAAUAUCAAAUUGACGCCAAUAUUAAACUGAUUUUAAAUCAGCUAUUUUACUCUUUACAUAAACUCUUUUAUGAAUACUUCCUUCCUUCUUGAAGGCAUGUUUAUCUUUCAGAGCAGCAUGUUAUUUCUGACACGUUAAUAUCAAGCACAUAUUUGCACAUUUGAAGUCAUUUAACAAAUAAUACAAUCAAUUUAAGAAAUCAAAAGUUGGUGGCUGCUGAGUCUUUUUUUGGGUGAUGUAAAGUUGCAUCGUACAUUAAAAAUGUGACUUGUUUAAAUCAAUAUGUGCACUGGCUGAAACUAGUAGAAACUAGUUUUGUUUAUCAUUACUAUAAGGCUUUUGCUAAAUAAAUUCUUGCCCUUUGUCUGCAGCUUAUUUUGUUUUCAGAGUAGUCAUUUGUUUUUUUCUAUGCAGCCUAACUUAUUGUAGAGGAAAUUACAUUCAGCCUGAAUAAAAUCAUGCAAGAAAAGCAUGCAAGUGCAAACAUUGCAUUGAAUGAUAAAUGUCUGCAGUUCAUGGAAUAAAUAAAUAAAUAAAAACUGAAAUGACAGAUGUUUGUAAGCAGAAAACAGGGUUUCUCCACAUUUUGUAUUAAAACCAGAUCAUUUUUUGUGAAUGUAUUGCAGUGCCUCAUGAUGGAAGUUUGAGAGAAAAAAAUAGUUAAAUGAUUGACUUCUUUAUUUUGACUGUGACGGCUUCGCGUGUGCGUGUUUUGCUAAAGUUGUCCAUUUAUUGAGUGAGUGUGUUGGCUACAGCUUCAGCUUUUCAUUUGUGAAAUUUCUGGGUCUGGCAUGGAAACAGCAUGACCGAUGUUAAGGUUCUGACAAAUAAAGGAAACAAAAUAUACUGAA